CUGAUGGAUUUCCGCGAGGCCGCGUGCGCCCACAGCUCUCAAGGCAAAUGAAAUUGGGCCUUCAUACGUGCUUUAUUAGAUGAAUUAGGCUCCCUAAGUACCGUCACGACUUGGAAAUCCCUAAACGGCACGAAGUCUCGGCCUUCCUAAGUGGAUUACACUCUCAACGAGACUUUGGCUAUGUGGGACUCGGACCUUGUUGACUUUUUGACAAUAUGGAUCAGCUUGUUUUGCGCUGUAUUUAUUUUGCCGGUCUCCUCCAAAUUAAAGAUUAACUCGUUCUCUGAGCUUUGACUCUUGCUGCAGUCAACAACAAGGAUCCAAGUCAAAGGUCCACUGUUUUUUUUUGUUUUUGAAAUCAUGGGUCGUGAUGGUAAUGAUCCUAAACAGGAUUUGAUUGAACACGGAGCCUGUAGCACGUUACCCAGCGGCGCAGGUCUUUGCAACCACGGAGACUAUUAAUAAAACGCCAGAAAACAAAUGGCCCUCGCUCCGUCUUUGUCAGGCGGCAGAGUUGCCCCGACAAAAUGGCAUUUCAGUUGGUAAUUGCCUGACCCUUCCUUCUGCAGGUCACGCGGGGAGCAAUGGCAACGACGCAUGCACACACAUAAUGAGUCUGCAGGUCGCAAUUUUGUAGAUGAUGGGGCGUUAAGGAGGUUAUUAUAGUGUAACAACUUCUGCUGGUCAAUAUUAUUGAGAAUGAACAAAAAAUAGCAAGACUUUGAAUGUUUUGUCAUCUAUGAUUCCACUGCUUUUAUCGUUUUCGAUUUUUGGUAUCGUGACAACACUGGUAAGAGUAACCAUCUUAAGAAUUCCCUUAAACUGAUGUUGCUGCGGACUCUCAUGCACUUUUCCCUGUUUUUCCAUUAGUUUUGUUGUGACUUUUCCCCACCCAGCUUGCAGCCAGCAGCUAUGAAUGAUGAAAGUCGAAAUGAGGAGCAGCAUGUUUAAAUUGGGCGGGGCCAAUUAUUGGAUUGAUUUUUAACCCCCCCCCUCCCAAUCUGAAACCACUUGCCCAAAUGACUUUUUUUUUUUUUUUUUUAGCUUCUACGAAAGGGUUGUUGUUCUGUAGCAGAAGCCCGUUUUGUGCCGCCUCUAAAAGAUGUCCUUUGACGAUGGGGGCACUAACACACAGCCACUGCCGGUCCCGAGCUGGGUUGCGUCAGGCAUUCGGCAUAAAAGGUGUGGCAAACGCAUCAUGGGGGUGGCGCGCUGUGGCGACCCCGGACAGGGAAAAGCCGAAGGUCACUUCUUCUCGUCGAGAGCACUAGAAACCUUUUUUUUGUGACCCGACAUUUUCCUGUCUUGAGAGGAAAUACCAGAAGCCCCUUUCACACAGUUUCUAGUACUGGGGUCACCGACUCCCAGCGUCAUGUUUUUGUUUGAUGAACGUUCUAGUUAGGAUAAGGACUAACACAAAUAUGUAAGAAAUCAACAUUUGAAAGGAUUCCAAUUGUUACAUUUAAUGUUAAAGUCUCAUUUUAGGCAACAAAUGCUCUUUUUCCAGCCGUAUUUAAUGUUUGUCUGAUUUCUUUUGUUGUCCGCGUCGUCCUUUUGCACUCGCUAUACUGCAUAUACGUCAUACACAGGCCAGCGGGCAAGAUUAUUGGGGGGGGGGGGGUGACGUCACACAGCGUGGCCUUCGCUGUCAUGUGUUUGCUUUUCGACUCAAGUGCGUUGAUGAACGACGUGAGUUUUGACCAACGCCGUUCCUGAAAAACAAGAGCUGGCCAACGUACUCGCUAUAGGAGAUGUAGCGAUACUUCAAAGGUACCGAGCCUCAAAUGUACUCGUGGCCGUUUGAGAGACAUAAUGUUGUGUUCUGUGACAAUAAAAAGAGCCAAAGCUACUAAAAGAAAGAAAAACAAAAUGUUUGUAGCUCUUCCGUUCUUCAGUAAUCAGCAGUGGUGUUGGGGUUGCUUUCAGCCCCCCCAAAAAAACAGUGGCUUCUGAUCAAAAAGUGGAAAAAAAAAAGCGUGGCGUUGACACUAAUAUUUGCUGCUUUUGUGACACCUCAAACUAUAAAACAACCGAAACAAGACGAAAAAAGGGCUUUGAUGGCAAAAGAGAAGACGAUUAAGAAACGCAGCCAUGAGCGAUGCUGACUCACUGCAUUUGUUUUAUGGCGUUCCUCAUUCACUUCAUCAACUGUCCAUCCAUCCAUCCAUCCAUCUUUCUUCACAAAUUCUGCUACCGACUGCGACAUAUCCUCCGUUUGUGGCGUACAUAUUCUGUUGGGCCGCGAGGUGCCAAAGUGCGUCCAAUUUCCGGCGUGUCGGCAUUUCGCUCCCUCGCGACCGAUGCGACGAGCUGGACUGCGCCGCCUCAUCGCGAUCUUCGACUCAAAAGCGGUGUCGAUCCCGAACCCGAAGCGAUGCAACGCUGCCCUCCACAGGCGUCUGUUAGUCGUUACGGUGCUUUUGCAAACCUGAAUUUCACGGACUUUGAAUCCAUACGAAAAGAAAGGGGAAAAAAAGAAAUCAAAAAGUACCAAAGCAAAACCAAACCAAAUGAAAGCGUCAAUUGUUUUCUCUUCCUCCCUCGGCCGUGAGUCAGUUUGGGGCGUCGGCGGGCAUGCUGCGGGUCAAGGGACCCCGGCCAGGUGCAGGCCUCAUCUCCGAGGCGGCGGCUCCGGCUAUGUGGAGGACGUGUACUUUGCCUGGUUGGAGGAUCAUAACAAUGUCCAUAACAAUGAGCUGUGCUAUUUCUGGCUCACGUUUCCCGCCCUUCUGGAUCUGUGCUGCAGUCGUGGGAUGCCUUCUUCCGGUGCGUCCGGCGAGGAGGCGCAGAGACGCCCCCCGCACCCCCCCGCACCCCCCCGCACCCCCGCCCUCGUCCGGAGCCGAGUCGCGUCGUCGCCUGGCUGUGCACACGCUCAUCGGAGCCUACCAGCAGGUUUUCUACGGUCUGCGUGAGUCGGACCCGGACCGGCGCUUCCGCUCGCCUCACACCACCUUCGUUGGCGGAGGAGAGACUACGCUUCCUCUCAGGGAGGUCAUACGGCGACUUGAGGCUUCCGACUGCGGACACGUGGGGCUGGAAUUCAUGUUCGUCAACAACGUGGAGCAGUGCCAGUGAUUCGAGACGCCGGCGAUCGUGCGGUUCACCAGUGCUGAGAAGAGAACGCCGCUGGCUCGACUGAUCCGAUCGACGCGGUUUGAGGACUUCUGGUCGUCGGAGAAACGCUUUGGUCUGGAAGGCUGCGAAGUCCUUAUCCGGCCGGCUCUCAAGACCAUCAUUGACAGCGCCAGCGCUACCGGCAUCGACAGCGCGAUCACGGGGGUGCCGCAUCGGGGUCGACUUAACGUCUCGGCCAAUGUGAUCCGGAAGGACUUGAACCGGAUCUUCUGUCAGUUCGACCCCAAAUUAGAGGCGGCGGAUGAAGGUUCCGGGGAUGGCAAAUAUCACCUCGGGAUGUACCACGAAAGAAUAAACCGGGGGACGGAGAAGAACAUCACACUGUCCCUCGUGGCGAACCCCUCCCACUCGGAGGCGGUGGAUCCGGUGGUCCGGGGCGAGGCCAAAGCCGAGCGGUUGUACAGGGGAGACUUGCAUUCAAACUGGAAAGACAUUGGAUUUCUCCAGGUGACGUCCAUCUUGAUGCACGGAGACGCUGCUUUCGCUGGCCAGGGUGUCGUCGAUGAAACGCUCCACCUCAGUCAACUCCCCUCUUGCACCACACAUGGUACCAUCCGUGUGGUCGUCAACAAUCAGAUCGGCUUCACGACAGACCCCCGCGUGGCUCGCUCCUCCCCUCGCCCCGUCGACGCUCCCGUUUUCCACGUCGACGCCGACGCCCCCGAGGCCGUCAUGUACGUGCGUCGCGUGGCCGCCGAGCGGAGGAACGCCAUCCACGAGGAUGUCGUCAUUGACCUUGAGAUGCGAGUGUGCUACAGGCGCUUGGGCCGCAAUGAAAUGGACGAGCCCUCGCUCACCCAGCCGCCGAUGGACACACAUCACGUGCUGAACAAGUACGAGGGAGCGGUGACGCUGCAGGAAUUUCAGGAGGAAGUGGCCAAAUACGACAAGCUAUGCGAGGAGGCGUGCGCCAGCUCCGAGGACGAGGGACGAGCGUCGCACAUCCGACGCUGGCUGGACUCGCCCUGGCCAGAAUUUUUCACAGCAGAAGAAGAACCUAAGACCAUGAGCUGCCCGCCCACAGGACCGGAUGAGGAGGUCCUGCGGCAUAUCGGCCAGACCGCCAGCUCCGUGCCUUUGGAAGAUUUUACCAUCCGUCCCGGUCUGUCUGGAAUCCUGCGCGGCCGAGCCGACUUGGUGAGGAAGGGUCAGCUGGACUGGGCCUGGGGGGAGUACGCGGCUUCUCAAGGACGCCGUCCACGUGCGACGGGCAGCGGGCAAGACGUGGAAAGGGGCACGUUCGGAGGAUCCCUCAUUUGCGAGGUUCCAAAUAAUUACAAAGAGCUCGCCGCGGUGAUUGAGUUGAGCGCAGAACAUAACGAUACAUCAUCACAGGGUCCAGAACAUUCCUCAGCCCGACCUGAGCGCUUCCUGCCAAUGAGCAUAGAUGACCCGGAUCACUUCCCUGCAGCGUUUGCCGGAGAUUUGGAAGUGCGGCAGAGGAUUGUGGUCAACUGCUCCACGCCCGCUAACUACUGUCAGAUCCUGCUGCCUGUGUCCUCGACUGACUGCUCAAAACUGAUUAUAUUCACUCCGAAAUCUCUGCUGAGGCACCCCGACGCCAGGUCCAGUUUUGACGACCUCGCCAUAGCUUCUACAGGCACUAAAUUCAAGAGACUGAUCCCAGACGAGGGCCCGUCCAGUCGAAGUCCAGACCGGGUCAGAAGGCUGAUCUUCUGCUCCGGAAAAGUCUACUAUGAAUUGAGCAAAGAGAGGAAGCAGCAAAACUUGGAAAAAGACGUCGCCAUCGUCAGACUGGAGCAGAUCUCGCCAUUGCCCUUCGACCCGGUGAGAGCGCAGGUGGAGAGACACAAGAGCGCCGAACUGGUCUGGUGUCAGGAGGAGCACAAGAACAUGGGUCACGACGAUUACGUGCGGCCCCGCUUCAUCACCGUGGUGGCCGACAAGAGGCCCGUCUGGUAUGUGGGGCGGGACUCACAUAAGUCCACUCACCUGAAUGAGCUGAAAAGGUUCAUGCGCGCGGCCUUCGACCUGUGCGCCUUCCGGGGGAGGAAAGCUUGAACCGGACUGGAGGUGCAGGUUUUCUCUCCGGUUGUUUUGAAACCUUCAUCAGGCAACUUAAGUCGUCUCUCGAAAUGGACCUAUCGCGCUUCACUAUACAACUCCAGCCCAUAGAAACCAAAUAUUCUCAUGAUUAGAACCUAAGAACACAUUUUUCUCCCUCAAAUCUUUGUCACUUUAAUCAUAAGUUGCUCGUAAUAAUAAGCACAGUGGACUCUCGGAAUUCUGACGCAGUCUGUUCCAGGAGGAAUUUAGAAUUCAUUCAUUUUCCCGGUAAGAGGAAAUCCUAUCAUUGCAACAUCGUCCUCAUUCUUGUGCUGUUACGUCUUUUUCUCUGAAAUAAUCCAAUUUCAUUCUGCUUCAAUUUUUGAGUUUAUUCUCACAACUUUAAAGAUCUUGUAACAUUAUUACUUUUUGGGGUUAUUCUUGUAACAUUGUUUAUUUAUUUUGUAUUUUUUGUCAAACUAUUCUCCUUCCACUUUGAGUUUAUUCCGGUGACAUUAGGACCACUUUCUUGUAACAGCAUUUAUAUUGUCUUUAUUUAUGUUAUUCCCCCCCCCAUAAAAUGAUGACUUUAUUCUAGUUCCAUUUUGAGUUUAUUCGCUUAACAAUCUGACUUAAUUCUCCUAUUUUUAGUUUAUUCCUGUAACUUUAAUCGUAAACAACUAAUAUUUGUUGUGCGUUUAUUCUCGCGACUUUGUCCUCCUUCUCAUUUUGUUGUUGUUGUAAAAGUCUGACUCGGUUCCAAUUUGAGUUUCUUUUGGGAACAUGACGACUUUUUUCUUGUUUCACGUUGACUUCUUUCUCGUAAAAUUCCGUCUUUCUCGACAAAUUGAUUUUGACAUUUUUCUUUUUUUUCUUAUAUCAGUGCAACCAUUCUUGCAACAUUACAUUUGUUUUGUAACAUUCCGACUUUAUUCUCGUUCCACUUUUUGACAUCUUCCCUCUAAUUUAUUGAGUUUACUCUCGUAACAUUAAGACUUUUUUCAUGUAUUAUUCCGACUUUAUUCUCGUUCUCGUAACGUUGUUUUUGUAACAUUCCGACUUUAUUCUCCUUCCACUUUGACUUUUUUCUCAUACUAUAUUAGUUUGUUCCUCUCGUAACAUUCCGUCAUUAGUCUCAUUGUACUUUUAGUUUAAUCUUGUAAAAUUAAGACUUUUAUCUUUCGACAUUAUGAUUAAAUUUGUCUCCUAUUACUGCUUGAUAUUUGUUCAAUUUCUUGUUUACUUUCAUAACAGGACUUUUUCCUUGUCGCUCCAACUUUUAUUUUCAUGAAAUCACAACUUUAUUCUCACGACUUGAUUUCUUUCUUUUUAUUGUGGUUCAACUUUGGUUACUCUUGUACCAUUAGGACUUUUUUUUCUCUCGUCACAGCUUUAGUCUCGUUCUGAGUUCAUUUUUUCCAAACUUUAUUCUUGCUCUCAUAAAUUGCAUUAAUUUUUGCAACAUGGCGGCUUUAUUCCCAUUCCAUUUUCAGUCUAUUAAUGUAAUGAUAGGACUUUAUUCUUGUAAGAUUACGACCUCAUUCCCUGUUGCAUUUGUUGUUGUUGUGUUGUUCUAACAUCAGCUCGCCUAAUUGUUAAUACUCCUUUGUAGUCAAGCACCCUUCUCGACCAGUUGUUUAUACAAAAAAAAAAUGACUGUACGUCUUGUAUUAGGUCAUUAAAGUUCUCCUGACAGACGUCAGUAAGUGUGCGUACGUAUGUGUGCUUCUGCUUUUGCCAUGUGAGCUGUUCGCGAACGAAUGCCUCUUUAUUGUCACAGCUCGCUUCAUUAGCACACAUCAGCCAGCUGGCUUAAAUACUCGUUUGCUUUAUUAUUAUAUUUUCUUGGGCUCAUAAGACGCAAAAACACAACAAAGCCAGAGAGGCGUGAAGAACAAUACUGACACUCGGCUCGUCUCAUUUAGAUCCUCAUGUGUAAAUAAACAUAUUGCAAAUGCUCUAUGAAUACGUACGGUUCUGAAGCCCUUUAACACCUUCACUGCCAUUGACGGCUUUAGAAGUCAAAUAUCCAUGUUAACUGGGAAGGCUGACGGUGAAUGAGUUAAGAGCAAUUAUGCUUCCGAACACAGAACCGUGGACCUCUGCUCUAUUGUGGAUUUUGUUUUUUUAUAAACAGUAUUCAGGAGGGUCCGAAUUUAAGGUUGCUCACCUUCGUGUACUACCACGUUGUGCCACGACCUGCUAGGCCAAACUGUGGUCGACUGGAAGAGAUGCAGUGUGAUUGAAGGCUUUUUAUGACCCUAACAUCCAUGUUAAUUCCGUUAGGCCGUCCGGGGCGUUUCUCAUGAUAUGUUAGGAUUAUGCUUCUGGAUUUUUAUGACAUGGAAUGACAUGGUUUGGUUGAAUAUUUUGGUGUUUAAAUGUACAAUGUUUGAUUCUCUUGUAUCUUGUGUCAAUUUUGCAAUAAACUGCUACAAGGAG